AUAUUUUCGAUAGGCAGAAACGAGUGCCAUCCCUAUCUCUUGUUGUUUUCAAUUUUUUUUGUUUGAUGAAAUGGCUGAAGCUGAGGCGAAUGUAGACAAGAAACCGGAGGUUAAGCCGCCGCCCGGCCUAAAGGCCAUCAUAGACCACUUGGCUCAGGUGUACCCCGAGCAGCCGAAUCCACUGCAGGUGACUACCUUGCUGAAAUACUGGCUGGGCGGCCAAGAUCCAUUGGACUACAUCAGUAUGUACAACCAUCCCGGGGACAUGGAUAGGAAUAUUCCGCCUCAUUGGCACUACAUCAGUUUUGGGCUGAGCGACCUACACGGGGACGAGAGGGUCCACCUGCGCGAGGAGCAGGCUACGCGAUCAGGCAUGGGAUUCGAGCUAACCUUUCGACUCGCCAAGACCAGAGCCGAGCUUCACCAGCAGUUGGAGAACCCAGAGAAACCACAGCGCCCACCAACAUGGCCGGCGAAUCUGCUGCAGUCCAUCGGUCGUUACUGCUUCCAAACUGGCAAUGGACUCUGCUUUGGCGACAACAUCCCCUGGCGCAGGAGUCUCGAUGGCAGGGAUGGCUCCAAGCUGCAGAGCCUUCUGGUGGCCCAGGAUCCCCAAUUAGGAUGCAUAGAAACGCCGUUUGGCACUGUGGAUUUCUGCCAAAUCGUUGGAGUGUUCGAAAACGAAUUGGAGCAAGCGUCCCGAUGGAACGGACGUGGAGUCCUAAACUUUCUUCGACAGGAUGUGGAAACUGGAGGGGAUUGGCUGGUGACCAACAUGGACCGCACAAAGAGCGUCUUUGAACUCUUUCCGGAUACUCUUGUUAACCUGCAGGACGACCUGGAGAAGCAGGGUUCCGAUCUGGCUGGUGUCAAUGCGGAAUUUUCCUUCCGGGAGUUGAAGCCGAAAAAGGAAGUGAAGAAGGAGGUUGACUUUCACGCACUGAGCGAGAAAUGCGCCAACGAGGAGAACAAUCGUCCGUUGACCGAGUCGCUGUUUAAGCGCGAGGAGCCAAGUUUCCCGCAGUCGAUGUCCAUCAGCAGCAAUUCUCUGCACAAGUCCUGUCCGCUGGAUUUUCAGCCUCUAGCUCCCAACUGCAUCUCUCUAGAUGGAAUAGAAAUAACCCUGGCGCCCAAUGUGGCUAAGUACUUACUGCUCGCCAUCAAGGAUCGCAUCCGCCAUGGACGUCAUUUCACAUUUAAGGCGCAGCAUUUGGCUCUCACUUUUGUAGGGGAAACGGUUACCGGAUGUGCAGUCAGCAAGAAAGAGCCCUACGGCGUCCUAGGAUAUUGGGUCCAGGUACUGAUUCCCGAGGACCUGGUUCCACGCAUGCUGGAGGCCUUCCGAGGCGCAGGCUUGAACGAGACCUGCGAACCCGCCCAAAGAAUCGAGCUGGAGUGGCCGGACAAGAACCUGAAGCUUAUCGUGGACCAGCCGCCACCCGUUCUCCCACCCUCCGUUCUCCCCAUGUCCUUGGACGCAUCAUCGCUGAAGAUUUCUUAGCUAGUAAUAGUAUUAUUUUAUCUUAAUCGAAUUGAAUCUUCCACUAACAAGUAAGUUUUACAUGUAUUCGACCAUCUAACACAAAGCACACGCGGCCUUUGCUCCCAGUAGCUGGAGUCCAGCCAAAUAUAUAUACCCAUGCAAUCCAAAAACA